GCAGGGGCACACCGGGCUGGACUCCGGGCAGGGGCACACCGGGCUGGACUCCGGGCAGGGCACACCGGGCUGGACUCCGGGCAGUGGCACCAGGCGAAGCAGCAGGCAGCGGGCCACCAGGCGGAGCAGCAGCAGCAGCGGGCCACCAGGCGGAGCAGCAGGCACCGGUCCACCAGGCGGAGCAGCAGGCAGCGGGCCCCCAGGCGGAGCAGCAGGCACCGGGCCCCCAGGCGGAGCAGCAGGCACCGGGCCCCCCGGGCGGGGCAACGGGCACCGGGCCCCCAGGCGGGGCGGCGGGCGCCGGGCCCCCGGCGGGGCGGCGGGCGCCGGGCCCCCAGGCGGGGCGGCGGGCGCCGGGGCCCCCAGGCGGGGCGGCGGGCGUCGGGCCCCCAGGCAACAGGCGUCGGGCCCCCAGGCGGGGCGACAGGCAUCGGGCCCCCAGGCGGGGCGACAGGCAUCGGGCCCCCAGGCGGGGGGCGACAGGCAUCGGGCCCC